AUGCAACGCGUGCGGAUGCACAUCGAUUUUCUGAAGGCUCUUGUAAACAAGGGAGGAGAUGUCACAUCAAGAGGGUUUCCUGCGGAAGACAUGGUCGAUGCCAUCGUGGUGUUGUGCCAGGGCGAGUACAUGCAUACCCGUUAUCCAUUCACGGAUGUCAGGAUCCACAAAAACCACGCUGUGUUUGCCGAAGGAGCGACCUCGCCAAUUUUCAAAAGCCUCGUCCAAAUGAACUUUACCUCAACGAUCCUGCAGACUCCUGAACUAGGAGACGACCAUAUGACCAACUACCCUGCAACCAUGCUACAUUUGUCCUUGGAUGUCGAGCAGGGAGAGAUCGCGGAUGACCGCUGGCUUGGCAGAGUCGAAACAUGGGAGUUGGCCAAUGGACUUUUUGCUGGUCGUCAUAUGCUCGUAGUAAAUGUUAAUCCACGAGUGGAUUCUGGAUGUGGCGAUACGGCUAUGGCUCAGGCCGCCUCCCGUCGCGUUGACGCCAGGAGGAAACUCGCUCGUGAAAGAAUGAUCACCCGAGUCACGAUCAAAAGCCUCACUGCGUACAUCGACAGGUGGAAAGUCAAAAGCAACGACAAGAGAUGGGACAUGUUGCAUGAUCUUUGUUCAGGAGAUGCUUUCAUGUUUUCGAGGGGCAAGGACAAGAUAGAUGCCGCGAUUGGUCUCGUAACGAUUGGAGCGGGCUGGCCUUUUGAUGGGCUCUUCUUGAAGGAUGUGUUCUGCUGA